UCAAAUUCAGUGCCGGGGAGGAGGGUGAGAGAGGCUGAAGUUCUUUGUUGCGAGUAUCGAUUUCAGGAAACUAGUUGCACUUUGCUGUUGCCUUGGCGCUGCCCUUGGAGAGCAGAGACCGCCGGCCGUGUCGCCCGAGGCUUGGGGACGCAUCCGAGAGCGAGGUACGGUUGGAAAGCUCUCCACCCCCUCCCCCCGGUCCACGUUCGGCACGAUCUCAUUCUCUCCCAGCCGGAACGAGCUUCACGCCAUCGAAAACCAGUUGACCUCUCGGGUCUGGGAUUAUAAUUUCUAUUUUAGCGACGGUCAGAGUUGGAGUUUUGCCUCAGAGCAUCGCGGAGCCGACUAGGACAGAAGAUCGCUCGCUGCGUGUGUGUUUUUAUUUUCUCUGUGAAAGAUCUUUGCUCUCUCUCUCUCUCUCUCUCUCUCUCUCUCUCUCUCUCUCUCUCUCUCUCUCGCUCUCUCUCUCUCUUAGCUGCAGCUUUCUAACCCCCUUGGGGAGAGACCCAGAGGGAGAGAGAGAGAGAGAGAGAGAGAGGAGUGGGGGACGGGAGGUCCAUAAUCAAAACAACAUGAAUUGGAUGUAUCCCAGAGUCCGGAGGUGAAUUGGGCGCUAAAGACGGUUGCAUUAAGACACAGAGAGGUUUAUAAGGACGGUGUGAAAUAUAAAAGGGAUAUGGCUAAGAAUUCACCGGACGGGUCCAAGGAAGAUCUGUCGAAGAUAGCGGACGAGGAGCUGGUGAAAUGGGGCAAGCUGGAGCUGGUGAAGCGUCUGCGGCGGACAGAGAGCGAGAGGGUGAGCAUCAUGCUGGAGCACGGGAAUCUGAUGAAGGAGGUGAACCGGCGUCUCCAGCUGCACCUGCAGGAGAUCCGGGGUCUCAAGGACAUCAACCAGCGGCUGCAGGAUGAUAACUCCGAGCUGCGGGAGCUGUGCUGCUUCCUGGACGACGACAGGCAGAAAGGCAAGAAGCUGUGCAGGGAGUGGCAGAGGUUCGGCCGCUUCGCCGCCAGCCUGCUGUGGAGGGAGGUGGGCACCUACCAGCAGAAGCUGGCCGAGCUGGAGCGCAAGCAGGACGCGCUGCUGGGCGAGAACCUGGAGCUGAAGGAGAUCGCGCUGAUGCUGGACGAGGAGCGCAGUGGCGCCGGCAGCCGGAGCUCCAUCGACAGCCAGACCAGCCUGAGUAACCUGAACGGGGGCUCCGGACCCCGGGACGUGGGCGACGGCAGCAGCACCUCCAGCACCGGCAGCGCCGGCAGCCCCGACCACCACCAGCAUCCCAGAGCCGUGGAAAAGGGCGCUCCGCUCAAAAGCUCCAGUGACGAUCUGUCGGGAACCCCUCCUCACCACAGGAGCAUCCCCAACGGGCUGAAUGACCCUGCCUCAGCCUACAUCAGACAACUGGAAAACAAAGUCAAGUUUCUGGAGGAAGAUAAUAAGAUCUUAUCACAGCAGUCAAGUGCCAGUGACCUGAAGGCCAUUCGCAAGGCGUAUCCUGCACCGCACAAGUCUGAGUCUCCACAUUCGUCACCACUACCACCGCCAUUUCAGGAGCCAACACAAAAUGGCCUCCCUUGGCUGGUGACAGGAGUCCCCAACAAUCCAGCGUUGCCACCUGGGUACAUCCCCAGUGCCCAAAAGCCUGAAGCUGUAGUGCAUGCAAUGAAGGUCCUGGAAGUCCAUGACAACCUGGACAGGCAGUUGCCAGAAGAUUGCGAUCAUGACGACUUGAGCGAGAAGGAAAAGGCCAUCGUUCGUGAAAUGUGCAACGUGGUUUGGCGUAAGCUUGGAGAUGCAGCCGGCUCCAACCCCUCCAUCAGACAACAUCUGUCGGGCAAUCAGUUCAAGGGACCUUUGUAGUGCUAUUGUCCACCAGGCCUGGGCUCUCAUGGCCCGUUCCGAGGAUAGAAAGAAGCACUCGAUUGCAUCGGUAUACAUAGAUAAACAAGAACCUCAGAGAAAUCUAAUCCUGGCCUUUUGCUCACCCUCUCCCUCUCUACCAUUCUACACGUGAAGAAGAGCAUCACCAUAUGCAGAAUGUGCUGGAGACUGUACAGAAUGUACUGACCACAAUAUAAGUGUAAAUUACUCACUAGAUGUACAGUAGCUGGCUGUGCACACAACUCUAUUAAGGUGCACUGCAGUCAUAUACAUUGGCCUGUGUGGAGAGAUUUAUCUGAAGGGACUGAGUGGCCUGUAAUCUUGAACAAACUAGCCCCCUCUUUUCCUCCACAGCCUCGUCCACAUCAAUGAUCAUUAUGAGCAGAUUCCAUUGUUUCUUCAUUAAAUUCCUAAGACUGGGCAAUUGCUGGCCAACGUUACAAGCAAGCCGGGGUCCCAGCAAGAUCCAUAGGAGUUGCUCAGCAGGGUCACCUUCCCAUGUACAGAGACACCCAGCCCAUAAAUGCAUUUGCCUCUCAUUGUGCAGAUGUGCAGUUUUGGCCGAGUGCAACUACAGCCAGAUCUGGACUGGUACAACCCUAACGUAUGAGUCCAGACAGAAAGGCCUCUCUUGUUCAAAAGUACGGUCACUGAAGAUAAAGUAUAGUUUUUUUAAGGUAUAGAAUUCUAAAGGGACAGUAUUCUUUUCUCUUGAUGGUGUUUCUUCUUGACGUCAGUUCUGUGUGGACUGUUUUAGGAAAUCUGAUUGCUUUGUCUGCUGUGGAAAAGUACUUGUUGAUCCCCAACCUUGGUGAUGGGGACCACAAUCCAUGUGUUGUUUUUGGAAUGAUGUGGAUGUGAAAUUGAUUUUCGAGUUUUGAAGGAAGACUGGACCAUAACUCUUGGCUCUGUAGAAUCAGUUUGAACCAGGCUUCAAACCCUCAAACCCUCGCCUGCUGUGGCUUCCAAAGCCUAUUCAGAUGGAAUACUGCCUCUUUAAAAGGGGAUGCUGAGUCCCCAACACUGAUACGACCAGGGUCAGGCAAUGCCGUUGCAAGCUGUGGACUUGAAAGUGGCACAGUGCCACAUCACACCAUGCAAGCAUGACUCACUUCAGCUGAAGUGCUGAUGACAGGUGGCUGACAGUGUAAUGUAGAAUUUCCAGGAUUUUCCAAUUCUGUUGGAAAUAAGAAUGCAGAUUGAGGUAAUCUAUAGAUUCAUGAAUGUGGUUGUUUUCAUAACACUGAGAGGAAAGAAUUAUUGACUCCAGGGUAUCUUCAGAUCUAAGAUAUAUAGCAAACCAGUAUCACUACAAGGAAAGUGUCAGAUGGCCCAAUAAUUAAGGUAUCUUUCUUCACUUCCGACCUGUCCCUGUACUCUGUUCUUUACCAUUUUGGUCAAAUUGUCGUCUAAUAACUAAAGUUUGCUAUGUUCUCACUUACAGCCAUAGAAUUGGAGAAAAGUAAGGCACAGAAACAGACCCUGCGACCCAUCUAGUCCAUGCCGAACCAUUUAAACUGCCCACCCCCAUUAACCUGGCCCGGGACUACAGCCCUCCGUACCCCUACCAUCCAUGCCCCUAUUCAAACAUCUCUUAAACAUUGAGAUCGAGCUCGCAUGUACCACUUGUGCUGGCAACUCGUUCCACACUCUCAUGACCCCUCUGAGUGAAGAAGUUUCCCCUCAUGUUCCCCUUAUACUUUUCACCUUUCACCCUUAACCCAUGAACUCUUGUGGUCCCACCCAACCUCAGUGGAAAAAGUCUGAUUGCAUUUAUCCUAUCUAUACCCCUCAACAUUUUGUAUACCUUUAUCAAAUCUCCUGUCAAUCUUCUGUGUUCGACGGAAUAAAGUCUUAACCUAUUCCAUCUUUCGUUAUAUCUCAGGUCCUCCAUGCCUAGCAAUAGUCUUGUAAAUUUUCUCUGUACUCUUUAAACUUUAUCUGCAUCUUUCCUGCAGAUAGUUCCUUAGCAAACAAAAACAUAGUUAUGAGUCCUACAGAUAUAUAUAAAGAAACUGGUGCUGUUUGUCACAAUGUUACAUAGAGUUCAGUAUUUUUGUGUAGUGUGCUGUUAUUUAUAAUAGAAAACUACGCAUUCCAAUAGGACUAUUGAGAUACUUAGAGGUGGUUAGUACAACGUUUUACAGUACAAGUGUGCCAGGUUCAAUUCCCGCCACUGCCUGUAAGGAGUUUGUAUGUUCUCCCCUGAUCAUAUGGGUUUCCUCUGGGUGCACCAGUUUCCUCCCACAGUCCAAAGAUGUACCAGUUGUUAGGUUAGUUGGUCAUUGUAAAUUGUUCUGUGACUAGGCUUGGAUUAAAUGGGGGUUUGCUGGGUGGCACGGCUUGAAGAGAUGGUAAGGACUAUUCCAUGCUGUAUCUCAAUAAUAAUAAUAAAUCACAUGGUAGCCUGUUUUGAUGAUAUGGUUGAAGUAAGAAUGUUCAUUGGGAUUGCUGUCUGCACCAGAGAGUGCCAUGGAAUGAUUAGCAUUCUAUUUAAAACCCCAGUGGGCUCCUCAUUUUAACAUCUCAUCAGAGCAGGUGCACUCUCAGUGCAUUAGCAGACGAUGGUACAGGUGAAGCAUUUGGAACAGCUUCUUACAUUAAUAUAGUGUCUAUAAAAUUAAUCAGCAACAUAUUGACUGAGCCAAAGAAGCUUUUAGGCAAAUUUCCACAGAAAAGGGUAAUUUUUAAAAGAAUAUGGGAAGAGGAGAGUGAAUGGGUUGUAGGGUGUUGGGAUGUGGAAGCAAGGAAAAGGCAGGAGGUACAAGCAGAUCUCACAUAACUGCAGAUUCAACAGUGUUGCUCAGCACCACAUUCUGAAGGGCAGUUAGAGAUGGCAGGAAAAGGCCCUCGCAGUCUAAAUGUGAAUUACUUCCAUGUGUCUCCUCCGGGUGCACUGAUUUCCUCCCACAUUUAAAAGAUGUACUAGUUAGUAAAUUGUCCUGUGAUGAGGCAAGGGUUUGAUAGGCAGGUUGCUGUUCGGUGUGGCUUGUGCAGGAAGGGCCUGUUCUGCUUUGUAUCUCCAAAUAAGUAAACAUGGUGUCUAGAUGUACUGGUGACUUCAUGGAAUGAUGGUGAUCUAAGAUGUAGCUCAUCAAAAUAACAAUGUAAUGGGUGGGGGUUUUCUGUCAAUUUGCUACAGAUCUUCAUCUCUGCCAAAUACCCAUUAUCCAUAGUGUGAGUACAUGAACAAUUGCUUAACAUUUGACUAAUCGUUAUUCCCUCUCCCCCAAACCUCGCUCCAUUACCCUGAUCCCAAGACAUCAUGGGCCAAACCCAAAAUUCAUUCAGUAGACUUGGCUUUUGAUAUUUGUGUUCAAUACAGGCAACACAAAUUGAAUCUAAACCCACAUGUGCCUGAUUUGAUCACGCAGUCAAUUGACUGUCUUUCCCAAGUGAUUUGUGGUCGGGGAGUGUGUUUAUUUUUCUGGUUCAGAUUUGCCCGCAUAGGGAGCCAGUGCAUUUGCAGUGAAAUCUGACCCUGAGAUAAGAAUUUGAAGCAAAUCAGCAGGGAAAUAUACACCUCCACUUGUUCCAUUGUAUAGUUUUGGAGAUCUAUCUUGGAUCAAAAUAAUUCUUUAAAGUGCCAGUCAUCCUUUCCAUAGUACAGUCGGGUGAUAAUGCAGCGUCUUGUGUUCCGUACAGUCAGCAGACGGCUGCAAUGAGAUUAACCUAGCAGAGGUUCCUAACCGUUUUUAUGACAUGGAGCCUGACCUUUCACAGAGAACCUCAGGUUGGGAACCCCUGAUCUAAAGCAUACUGAAAGUAAAUUUGAUGUGAAAUAGGCUAGGGAGCAAAAGAACCCAGAUUAUGAUUUGUAGUCCAUUCACUGUUGGUUAUCAAAGGAGGUAAUCACUUCCUCUUCAAUGUCUGUAUUCUUAGGUUAGGAUGCACUUAUUGUGUGUGAGAGAGCAAGAGAAAGAGAUUGCUACAGUAGAGAGAGAGAGGGAGAGAGAGAUUGCUGCAGUGUAGAAAAAGAUUGCUACAGUAGUCAUCUGUCUGCGUCCUAAAUGAUGAAAAGGAUAGUGCAGUGACACAGCUGUUGGCAUUGCUGCCUCCCAGAUCCUGGGCUUGCUCAUAAUCUUGAGCAAAAUGUACACAAAAUACUGGAGGAACUCAGCAAGUCUGGAAGCGUCUAUGGAGAGGAAUAAACAGUAAACAUUUCGGGCCAAGACCCUUCUUGUUGAGUUCCUCCAGCACUGUGUGUGUGUUUUGCUCAAGAUUUCCAUCAUUCACAGUACCUUUUGUUAUAGUCAUAGAAACAGGCCCUUCAGCCCAUCUAGUCCAUGCUGAACAAUUUAAGUUGCCUAUUCCCACUAACCUGCACCUGGACCAUAUCGCUCCCAGCCUCUACCAUCCACGUACCUAUCCAAACUUCUGUUAAAUGUUGAAAUUGAGCUCACAUGCACAUCUUGUGCUGGCAACUCGUUCCAAACUCUCACUACCCUCUGAGUGAAGAAAUUUCCCCACAUGUUCCCCUUAAACUUUUCACCUUUCACCUUUAACCCAUGACCUCUAGUUGCAGUCCCAACCAACCCCAGUGGAAAAAGCCUGCUGGCAUCUACCCUAUCUAUUCCCCUUACAAUUUACCUCUAUCAAAUCUCCUCUCAGUCUUCUCUGCUCCAAGGAAUAAAGUCCCAACCUAUUCAACCUUUUUGUUUUUGAUCAUGACCUUGCAUACUACUGGGUGGGGUUUCCACACCUCCCUGUGACUAGUUUCCUCCCAUCUGCCAAAGAUGAAAUUGGCUCUGUAAAUUAUCCUUAGCACAGAUAAUUAGUAAAAGAAUCAAAGGAAGGCUGAGACAUUUCAUCAAUUAUCGUGCAGCCAGCAUGCAAAUAAUUUACAGGGCCUCAAGGAGGUAACGAGAGAGGUAAUGGGAAUAACACCAUUGCUGUACUGGGGGAUAGCAUGGAAAUGAUGGGCUGAAUAUGUCAUCGAAAAGAAUUAUGAGUGGUAUCUUCUAGGUCAGAGGGCCAGCACAAGGGGUUUGAAAACAGUGGUUGAAUAUUUACAAAGAUAGAUUCAUAAUACAACUGCCAACACAACACUGAUAGAUUCACAGAGAAUAUGAGGUCGUGAUCAUAUUUUCCUAGGAAGAGAAACCAAUUAGUGUAGAGUGGCAAAGCCAGUAAGUUAGUAGAAGGUGGGAGACUUAACAUGGGGAAUUGUAAUGUCAAAAUUAAAUUUGAGAAUCCAAAUUAUAAAAAUGGUGUGAUCUUAUCUGUUAAUGUAUGCUUAAGGCCUGUUGGUGGGAGGUCAUUACCAAAUGUGUUAUUCCCGGAAAGCCUCCAGUGCUUGCUUUGUCUUGGAUUAGGUCUCUGGUGCGGGCGGAGGGGGAGGGUUACAUCAAGGAGUUCAACCAGCUACAAAAAUCACAGUGGGAAGCAAUCUCCUGGGAUGAUUGAAAUUCUGAAAGAUACAGGGCUCCUGUGUGGGUUCUACAGUGUUUGGUUACAGGCUUGUUCCAGCCAGUUUGUUCUGAAAACAACUUCAUUCACCUGUUUGUCUAAAGCAAAGGAUAAUGAUACUCUAUUUUCAAUCUGAUCUUUAGUUAAACUAGAAUUUUGAUAGUCCAACACUGAUGGCAGCUGCAUAUUUUUGUGCACGAACACUUGUAAAUAUACUGUCCAGAGAUUAUCCAAACCGUAGAGAGUUGAAAGAUUUCUUUUACCUCAGAAUAUAAUAACUAACAAGCUGUACACUGGAAAAUGGGGAUUUCCCCAAUACAAUUUUGUGUUUUGACAGUAUAAUAUUUUAAUAAGACCACAAUAUAAAUUUAUCAUGUUAUAUCAAAUAUAUAUAUCUAUAUAUGAUAAUGUCAGUGUUUUAUUAUUGAUGAACAGUUUCUGCCUCUGUCAAGGAUGGAGAGCCUCAGUCCUAUUCUGUUGAUAAUUGUGAUUUGAUUGUUGCAGUGGGUUUAAUAAUAAGCUCGUGUAAAUGCAAUUAUUUUCUUUUUAAUGCCAAUAUAUUGAUGUAUUCCAAAGCUCUGUCAAUCCUGCCAUCAAAAGGAAAUUAGCUAGAGGAGGAUUUACUCCACUUAUUCUGAAAGAGUAAAAUUUGGUGUGGACAACU